AUGCUCGCCUCGCUGAAAUUUUACCCCCAAACGCUGGGCGGCCGGCUGGCGCGAGCUGGUUUCUCGACUUCCCAGGCGCAACACCUCCAAUACGUGCCCGGCAACCGUCGCCGCAACCCGCCACGCGGCAAAUUGACCACGUACGACAGGCCGACGCCGGGGAAACCGUCGCGUGGGUGCUUCUACUCUUCCGGCGAGGGCUCAUCAUCUGGAGCCGACGUUCCGCCGCCCCGCUCACUGAUCCUCCCAAGGUCUUCGGGCUCCUCCAGCACCCUCCAGCCUCCUCAGCCCCACUACCUCCCCUACCCCAAGGAGAUUGUCGAAUAUCUCGAUCGCCAUGUCAUCGGCCAAGAGGACGCGAAGCGCGUGCUCGCCGUUGCCGUCUACCAACACUACCAACGUCUCCUCCAUAAUCUUGAUGUGGAAGAGACCCGCCAAAUUCGUGAGAUGCUGCUCGAGAGCCGGGCCAGCAAGCAGCGCCCUCCAUCGGUCGAGGCGCGGCCACUCAAAUUCCGCAAGGGCAAGGCCUACAUCGAGAUGGAGCCCGAGGAAGUGGAAUUUAGGAGUGCGCGCGAGCGCCUCAUUGACACGCUGACGAUGGCCCGCUACAAGAUGUCGAGCUACGAGCAACCCCGCCCGGAAGAGCUGCCCAUCGAAAAGUCUAACAUCAUCCUCGGCGGCCCGUCCGGAAGCGGCAAGACCUAUCUGACUCAGAAGCUGGCCGAUGUCCUCCACGUCCCAAUCGCCAUGUGCGACUGCACAACUCUUACUCAAGCUGGCUAUGUUGGCGAGGAUGUCGAGUCGGUGAUCGCCCGGCUUCUCCAGAAUGCCGACGGUGACGUCGAGCGCGCCGAGACCGGGAUCGUCUUCCUCGACGAGCUCGACAAAAUAAACACAAGCUCCGAUCCGGUGCACUCCACCGGAAACCGUGACGUCUCCGGACGCGGCGUGCAAACCGGCCUUUUAAAGCUUGUCGAAGGACACAUGGUCAAGGUGAAGAACCCGUUGAACCCGAUGCAGAAGGUGGACGUGAACACGAAGAACAUCCUCUUCAUCGGCUCGGGCGCGUUCAAUGGUCUGGAGCGCGUGGUGGCGCGUCGACUGGAGGAGCGCUCUCUUGGCUUCGGGUCAUCGACAACGAGCCGCAUGGCCGGGCUGAGCGAGGGCUGCGAGCAGGAACGUGCCCAACACCGCGAUCAGCUCACGAUGCUCGCUGACCAGGGAGACUUGAUCGAAUAUGGCAUGAUUCCGGAACUGAUUGGGCGCUUCCCCGUCUUUGUCCCGUUCCACUCGCUCAAUCGGUCGCUUCUCGUCAGGGUCCUCAACGAACCGGCCAACAGCCUUCUACAACAAGAACGCCGACUACUCUCACUAGACGGCAUUGACUUGGGCUUCACCCCGUGCGCCAUCGAGGCCAUUGCCGACGAGGCUGUACAGCGGAAGACUGGCGCAAGGGCCCUCAGGUCAAUCCUCGAGCGGACGUUGCGGAACGCAAAGUACGAGGUGCCCGGCAGCUCAUUCAAGAAGAUCAGGAUCGACUCGGGCUCGGUGCGCGGCGAGAAGAAGUACCACGCUGAA